CCUGGAAGGGAGCCCUGUGAUUGGCCCAGAGCCGCCAUAAAUUACCCAAUCGCCGCUGAGCGGGGAGCUUCGGCGUCGCUGCGUACGCGGGAACAUGGCGGAUCGCCUCACGCAGCUGCAGGACGCGGUGAACUCGCUUGCAGAUCAGUUUUGUAACGCCAUUGGAGUAUUACAGCAAUGUGGUCCUCCUGCCUCUUUUAGUAACAUUCAAACAGCAAUUAAUAAAGACCAACCCGCCAAUCCCACAGAAGAGUAUGCCCAGCUUUUUGCAGCACUGAUUGCACGAACAGCGAAAGAUAUUGAUGUUUUGAUAGAUUCCUUACCCAGCGAAGAGUCGACAGCUGCUUUACAGGCUGCUAGCUUAUAUAAGCUAGAAGAAGAAAAUCAUGAAGCUGCUACAUGUCUGGAGGAUGUUGUUUAUCGGGGAGACAUGCUUCUGGAAAAGAUCCAAAGUGCGCUUGCCGACAUUGCACAGUCACAACUGAAGACCAGAAGUGUCACCCGUAGCCAGUCGCUUCCAGAUUCCUAGCAACAACAGAAACAGGUGACUGAGAAAAUAACUGUUUGAAGGGCACUAAGAGUACCGCCUCAGAUAUGGGCUUAAGUCCCUCCAACAGCUGGGGGGCAUCAUACGCUGUGACUGUUUCCUUUUUUACUAGUUUUCACUCUCGAUAUUAAAAAGCUUUAAGAUUGCGAUUGCAAUUGAGUCAUCCUCAAACAUCAUGUCAUUUUUUUAUCUAUCUGACUAGAAUUUUCAAGGUAGAUACUGUACUAAUGUUCAUGCUAUAAUUAAAAAGCUAUACAAUACAGCUC